AUGGCCAUAAGAACUUUCUAUACGCUUACACAAUCGCAACCGCAUCUACACAAGACCGGACUGGAGGCAAUACACUCCAAGGGCGCCUCAGUGGCCGCGUUGCAGCUCAAGUGCAAAGAUCUGGAGAAGGAGUUCGACACGUUGAAGGGGGAAAACCAGGUUCUCCAGAAUGCUCUGGUUGAACAGCGGAAGUCCGCUGAGGAGGGCCUUGCCAUACAGCUUGCUAAACAGAAAGAUGCUAGCAAGCGAGAAAUGGCGUCAUUCAAGAACGCUGUCAAGGAUGCUGCCGAUAGAAAGAGAGCCGUCGAAGUCGAGGCUGUGAAGAGUAGCCUUGAGAUGCAAAGGGCAGCCGAGUGUGAAAAACACAAGGCUUGGAUUGAAAAACAAUCCGAUGCGGUGCUGCAAACACUCAACGUUGCAAAUUCGUCUUUGACAGCUGCUGUUGAAUCUCUGAAGCGAGAAGCAGACACAGAGAGGGCCAGGAACUUCGAGGACACCAUGAGAGUGGUUGACUCACAGAGGAUUGCAGCUAUAAAAGAGGUCAAGGCCCAAGUUGAAAAGGAACAUGUGGCUACUUUAGCACUCCUCAAGCAGGAUCUGGUGUCGCAGAAGGAUGCUGCAAUUGAAGCUGCUACUGUAACGGCCAGAAAAGAGCUCGAGAAGAAGAAUGCUGAAGUCCAAGAUCUUCGCCACAAAUGGAAAGCGGAGGCCAGCUCUUGGGACGAGAAGAAGCAGAUCUUGGUCGAUAUCGCUGAGUGCUGUCAUCGUGAGAAGGACACUGCUGAGGCCAAUGCUGACAGGGCUCAAGGGGAGUGCGACUUGCUCAGUCAAAAAUUGGCAAACGCUGAGGAAGACGCGAAACAACUCCGCCGCGAGAAAGAACUGUCCGAGGCCCAGCAUCAAAAAGAUGCUUACACUGCGGACCUAAUGAGCUUGCUAGCGAAGAAGCUCAACGACAUUGCUCUUGAGACGCAGUCCGGUCUCAAUGAAAAGCUGGAGGUUACAUUACCUCAGCUUGUGACUAAGGGUCUUGAGCAGAACUCGUCACUCUCUAAAAAGGUGCAUGAUCAGACUGUAGAGCUAGCUGCCCGAGCGACUCAGCUCGACGAGUUGAAUCAGAAGAUCAUUGGCCUCACAAAUCAGCCGCAGUAG